AUGUAUUGGGGACUUGAUAAAUUUGAAGAAUUAUAUCUAUCAAUUCAAAAUAAUGAUCCUAAUUACCCUUUAUUUCAAAAACUAUUGCCUGAUCUUAUUAAUUUAAGUCUAAAUAAUUUCCCCAAAUCAACCUCUAGUAGACAAAGCCUAGAAUCUACUAAAAAGGUUACCAUAGCUGAAGAUGACGCCAUUUAUGAAGUUAACGAAGAAUUCGUAGUUGCUGUUAUUACUUUGUCCGAUGAAUUAAACAUUGAUGAAUUGGUUAUGGCUCAAUUAAUGUUAUUAAAUUCUGACAUUAAAGAAAGUUCGAAUAACACUUUGAAAUUAUUAAAGCAAUCAAAAAUUAAUUACUAUUUACGGAAACAAUAUAUUCUACAAAUUGUCUCGUAUUUAUUAAAUACUGCCAAGGAUAAGGAUGAUUUGAUUAGUUUAUUUGGCAACGAAUCUAAUUUGCAAAAAUUUGUGAAUAACAUUAUACCUUCUUUUCAAUCUAUACACAAAGAAUUGAAAGACAUUCAAGAAUUAGUCAACAAGUAUCAAAUUUUGGAUCAAUAUAAUAUUUUUCAACAACGUAAUGUACAAUUUAGAAGAGACUUCUUGACCACAGAGUAUGAUUUAUUAGGUCAAAUUUUAUUUGGAUUGAUAUCCCAAGGUUUGUUUACAGGUACAAAUGGUAUUACCAAUGUUGAAAACUUAUUGACUCAUAUUACUUCCGAAUUGGAAUCAAAUGAUUAUUUUGGUUUAUUUUACUUACCCUCUUUGUUAAAAAUAGUAUCUAAUUUGGAUUCAAUGUCAGAUUCUUCAAUUAAAACACUGUAUACCUCAUUAAUGGAGUCUUUAAGAUCUGAUGAAAAAUUGUACACAAAGCCCUUAAAAGUUGUAUUUAUUUUUGCCUUUUUAACAUAUUUUAUAAGUUGGUGUAAAGAAUCACCAGAUGAAAGGGCUAAAAUUUUUGAUUUUCAAAAUAGUGUAGAUAAGCCCAUGUGCGAUUUAGUAAAUUUGGGAGCCAUUGAAAUUUUGAUGUCAUAUGCAGCUGAAACUACCAAAAUAUCUGAUUCCGAUUUAGAGUUGUUUUAUGACAUUAGAUCCCUAUUAGAAAAACACUUUCCUAAAUUAUUUCCCAUACAAUUAACUGAACCUAAUGCUGAUACGUAUACUAAUACUAAUAAUAUCGGUAAUACAAACAUUAUUAACAACAACAAUAUUAAUAAUACAAAUACUGUUAACAAUAUUAAUAAUAAUAUUAAUAAUAAUAAUAAUUAUAUUAACAAUAAUAAUAAUAAUAAUAAUAAUAAUAAUAAUAAUAAUAAUAAUAAUGCCGAUAUUACUGAGUGUUCGUUAUCUAACGAAUUAAAUCAAUUAUUUUUACCCACGUUUCAUGGUUUCUUACAAGAAUUUAUUGCCAAUUGUGCAUUUCUAUUGACUAAAAUUAAAGAUGCUGAAGAAGAUUCAUUAUUAAGUAGUAGCGAUCGUGUACUAUUAUUGGAUGAUAUUACUGAAAAAGCAGAUUUGGAAAGAUUUUUCGUUACUGUUUAUUACUUUUAUAAAAAUAGACCUGAUUUAGCUAGCGUUUUCUGGUCAGAUAAAGAGUCGAGUUCGUAUGGUUUUAUUGAAUGGGCUUCUAAAUGUAAUGAUAUUUUAAUGAAAUCUUGUUAUAACUUAAUGAUUUCUGCCUUAAGUGACGGUGAAGAAAAUUCCACUAAUGUUUUCCAUUUUGUCAAUAUAAACAACAAUAAUUUUACGUGGGAUUCUAUCGCGACUUGCAUCAGCGAGUAUAUUUUGAAAAUAUCCAAUUGGGAAAUCAAGCAACAGCAACAACAAAAAUUAAAAUAUGAAACACUAAAUAACAAUAACAAUAAUAACAACAAUUUGAAUAGCAUUGGCUCCAGCUAUGUUAAUGGUAUCAUUAAUGAAGAGACUAUCAAUGAAAACGAUGAGUUGAGUGAGGAAGUAGUUAUUUAUUUAUCAUCGUUAUUCACCUUAAUAAGUUCAAUCUCUGCUGAGUUGCCCCCAGAACAUAAAAACCAGCUUUUUAACUUAUUUCCUAACGUUUUAUUCGAGUUUUUAAAGUUAAAUACUCCGUUAGUUGGAGCUGCAUUGGAAACUUUGACGUCAUUGGUUCCAGAAGAUGAAAAUCAAAAGUCAUCUCUUUGGAAUUCUUUGGACAAAUGGAUUUUCCACUCCAAUUAUAACAAUUUACCCACCACUAGUAACACAAAUGUCACCAUGGCUACUAAUUUAACCACAAAUGUUACAACGGUCAAUGCUGUUUGUGCAACUCGUGUUUCUGUUACUCAGAAAAAUUUUUUUAUAAGUUCCUUAACAAACUUUAAAGACAUUUUGGGGUUUUUAAAGUUGUUUAGCAAGUUAAUAGCGCCAUCUGAAUUGAAUUCGCAAGGUUUUGUUCCCUUUGGAAAAUUACUUGUUCCCAUCGCCUUUGGUACGGAAAAUAGAAUCCAAGUUAAUAUAGCCCCAUACUUAGAGUAUAUCAUCAAUGACGUACUCGCCAAUUCAGUUAAAAUAAUCAAUCAAAGAGAAAAACAUGCUCUGCAAGAUCUGGUGUAUGACAUAAUUCUGAGUUGUUUGUCGUCUUUUGAUUAUACAGUAAUUCUAAAUUCCGUAUUUUCGAUUGGUACCAAUUUGGAUUCUUUAGUUCCACAACAAAACUUUAUUGAUUAUAUAAUGGAAUCUCCUAUGGGAUUCAUCCUAAAUUUUUUGUUUGACGAACCAGUUUACAAAAUCAUUUUCCAAAGCAUUUCAUGCGGAUAUGACACCUUGUUAGAAACAUUGAACUCUCAACGCAAGGGGCAAAAAAUAGCUAUAUUAUGCGAUAAGAGUUUACAAAUUUUAGACAAGAUAUUCACUUUACAAGAUACAUUUAUUGACGAAAUUUAUCCCUUAAUUAAACGCCAAAGCAGAUCCUCCAGCAUAUACUACGUUCCAAGAUCGAUCGGGUUGCAUGGUUUGCGUAAUUUCUUUGACGCUAUUUUGUUCAAUUUACCACUAAUUGCUCAAAUUGCAUUGUAUGUCGGCGUUGAUAAUUUUUCAAUAGCCUCCACUUCAAUAUCCCUUUUAAAUAGGAUAACAGUUUUCAAUUCAAACAAGAGUAUCGUAUUAAGCACAUUAGAUUCAAUUGACGAAAGUUCUCGUAUAAAACAAUGUUUUAUUGAUCAGUUAAAUGGGUCAAUUGUAGAUAAGAAUGAUUUUGCCUUAAAGCUACAAAUCAUAAACUUCAUCAAAAAUAAUUUAAGUUCCAGUAGUACACCAACCGUAUCCCAUUUCAUUUUGGGUUUUCAAAUUACUCCCAUACUUUCUAUUGGUUCUCCGGAACUAAGUACUUAUAUUGCUUCUGAUUCCUCUGUUUUAAAGACUUUGAUAACAAUUAUACUAGAUUCUUUGGCCUUUAUUAACAAAAAUUCUAUAGACUACUAUCCAAUAAAAUUAGCUUCAGAAGCUUUUUCUAUUAUUUCGAAAUUAUGCAGUAAUAACUUAACUGGUCAAAUGACUUUAAAAGCUUUAGAUGAUGAAACUUUUUUUGAAAAGUUGUUAGAACUGGGUAUUAGCAUUGAUAUUUAUACAAAAUGGAAUGGCCAUACUUUAGAAAGUCUAACACAAUCAGCAAUGUCUUUUGAAACUUUAUUAUCGUUUCUAACCUUCAGGUGCUAUUUAUUAUCAUAUUUUUCUUUAGAGAUACAUAGGUUAAACGGUACAGACAAAGGUGAAAAAUAUGUUACUGGUUUAACUACAAGUCUGGUUUUGAGAUCUCCUAAAAUAUUUUCUUAUCUGGAUACAAUUAGGUAUUUGAGCAAUAUUUUUAAUACCACAAGCAUUAUUACCAAUUCUGAAGAAUCUUUGAAAAAACUAUCUUUAUAUAAAACCGGUAUUGAUAUGAGCUGUAUCUUAAAAAUGUUAACUCAUCUGGAGGUUUUGGACUCAAGUUCUAAUAGUAUUUUUGAUUUCAGCUCAUUGGAUGCUUUGUUGGAUUUAAGAAGUGAUUGGUUGGCCAAAACUAAAGGUACCGCUGUUGACUUAACUCAGAAGCAAGUUGAAUGCAAUUUGAUUAAAAAUUAUAUUAGUACAGUGCGUGUGGUAGAAGAAUUUAACACGGUUCAUUUAUCUGUGUUACAUUCUUGGGUUCAACUAGUUCAAGUUAUGGUUACUGAGAAUCCUUUGUCCCCAAUUUUCAGAUCUAAUUUUAUAAUGGAAAUUUUCGAAGCCAUAAUUCCAAAAGUUGCUGAUUUUGUUGACAGUAACAUUGAAUAUACAGAAGAGUUAGUAUCUUUAUGUGUUUUCUUAUACGACUUGUAUGAUAAAGAUCGUAAAUUGCUUAAUGACGCGUCGACAAGUAUUGAUAGAAAAUUAUAUUCAUUAUUUCAGACAUGCAUCUAUGGCAUCGUAUCCCCAUUAUCCACGUUGUCUCUAAGAUCUGAUUUUUAUGUUAUGUGUACUAAAUUUAUUUCCAAUCUGUUGAAACAAAAUAAACAAGGGUUGUCACUGGCCAAAGAAAUUUUGUAUGAAAUGAAAAUGUCAAGUGAAAAUUUGGUUCAAGUAGUGGGUUCAGAUGCUCUUUGCGGUGAAGGUUCUCACAGAAUUACUAGUAUUUUAUUUUUAAACUCAUUAGUACAAUUGGCUAGUUUGGGUAAAGUUAAUUUUGUUUUAGAAAACUUGUCGAGGAGUAAUAUGCUCUUAUUGAUUAUCCGAUCAUUAAAGGCAACGGAUGAAUUAUUAUAUGCAACAAAUGAAAAUAUUUCUGUCGAUAGAUUAUUGUAUGAAUUAACCGCUUUCAAAACAACAAUGAACUUUUUGAUUCGUAUCGCGGAAACCAAGGCUGGUGCUCAAGAAUUGAUUCAAAAUGAAGUCUUUAAAAUUAUAUCAUCCUGUGAAUUCUUACAGUUGGAUCCUGAUUUGGGUUUAGAAUUGGUUUUUAAUGAACUGUUUAACAAUGGUGUUCCGUAUGUUGAAAUUAAAUUAAACCUUGAUAAACCUUUAACUGUUAAAGGGCCAGAAGAAAGUAAUACUAUUUCCCUAUUUGAAUUAUUUGUUCCGGUAUUUCAAUUAUUGACUGCCAUCGUUUUGAGUAUGGGUAGUGAAAAUAAAUAUUGUUUGAAAAGUGUAAGAAAAUUGUUAUACAGAUUCCGUAAAUUAGUUCAAGGUGUGGUGAAGAAAGAUGCUUUGAUUGAAAGUGGAGAUUAUGUUUUGACUGAAAAAAAUACUGCACAGGGCCUACAAGAAUUACUUGAGUUGAUUGUUCUAUUGUGUACAUUGACUGGUUAUGUUGGUGAGGAUUCAUAG